AUGUAUGGGAUGCUUCUGGAGAGUGUCAUGUACUAUCUGGUCGAAAAAUAUGGUGAAGAAAAAUGGGACAAGAUCAGAGAACGCGCAGGCAUAAAUGAUCAUAUGUUUAUAACUCACAAACGCUACAGUGAGAGUAUGAUGCAGAAGAUCGCCGACGCCAGUGAGGAAGUUCUUGGAGAAGAAACGGACAUGACGAGCGACGAUUUUAUGCAGUUUUUUGGCAGCUGUUUUGUGAAGUUCUUCAGUCACUACGGCUACGAUCGUAUAAUUCGUGUAAGCGGUCGGCAUUUGCGGGAUUUUUUAAUCGGCAUUGACAACUUGCACGAGCACAUGCGGUUUGGUUACCAAAAGAUGCUGUCGCCAAGCUUCUUCUGCGAGGAAGAAACGAGUGCAGGCCUAACGCUGCAUUACAUCUCGAAGCGGAAGGGCUUCAUGCACUACGUCAUUGGACAGGUCAAAGAAAUUGCUUCCUCGUUCUACAACUUGGACGUUGACGUCAAAAUUCUGAACAAAGAAGUCACCAACUCGACCACUCACGUGGUAUACCGCCUCGGAUUCGAAAACGCUGGCUAUAAACCUCCCGCCUCAGACCCUUUAUCGGUUCACAGCAAACGCAGUGUCAGCAUUGAAGUAUUUUUCAAUAUAUUUCCAUUUAGUUUUGCGAUUGCGCGAGAUAUGACAGUGCACAUGGCAGGACAUGGUAUCAUUUCUACUGUGGGAAAUCGUAUUAUAGGCAACGACGUGAGGGAGUCGUUCACAAUGAGGAGACCUAAAGCAGAAUUUACAUGGGACACGUUUACAACAAGGCACGUGAUGUUCGAGUUGGUCUGCUCGCUUCCGACGUUACGACGUCCGACAAGAGCAAAUUUUACGCUGCAACAAUCGUCUUUUAAACUUCAAAACAGCAGUAUGGAGUGUCCGCUUUUUGUCUCAACUGAAAAUGAGCAACAGUACGAUUCCAUGAUGUCCAAACAACCAAAGCUUCACCUCAGGGGUAUGAUGAAGUUCAUGCCAUCAUGGAAUAAGAUUAUUUACAUCUGUUCACCCUUAAUUGGGGGUGUCGAAGAGAUGAUGCGCAUAGGUCUGUAUAUGAACGACCUUGGACUGCAUGAUACGUCUCGUGAGAUGGUACUAUCUGGGAUUAAACCACUGCCUCAGCUUGAGAUGGCAAGAGACCAUGAAUUUGAUAAAGGAAAGGCCCUCGAAGAAAACAUGGAGAAAUUGGCGCAAGAGAGAAAGCGGAGCGAAGAGUUGCUAUAUAGAAUGAUGCCCAAAGCCAUCGCUGACAGACUGAGGCUGGGGGGUAAAGCUGUCGAAACAUGUGAGUAUUUUGAAAACGUCACCGUCAUGUUCAGUUACUUGGACGGCUUUGUCGCCAUCUGUUCUCAAGUGGAUGCCAUGGAGGUUGUCAACCUUGUAAAUAACAUGUUCACAUCUUUUGACAAGUUGACUGAAAAGCACGAUGUUUAUAAGUUUGAAACGUUAGGAGAUGCCCUUUACAUGACGGUCAGCGGUGCUCCAGUGAAGAAGGUGCGCCACGCCGAGCCAAUAUCAGCCAUGGCACUUGACAUGCUGGAAGCUGUCAAGGAAAUCGUGAACCCUGCCAGUCAGAAGCCAGUAACAAUAACUAUUGGUAUGCAUUCAGGCCCUGUGGCGGCUGGUCUAGUGGGUGAGAAGACACCUCAGUAUUGCUUAUUUGGUGACACAGUUAACAUAGCCUCGAGGCUAAGAACCACUGCUCUGCCAAUGAGAGCACACAUCAGCGAAGCCACCAGAAAGUGUUUGGAAAACACAGACUUUCGCAUUGAAUUUCGAGGAGUAGUUGAGCUAAAGGGGAAAGGAAAGACACGAACGUAUUGGUUGACAGGAAGGAAUAACGCCACAAAAUGAUAUUCUUAUGCUUUUUUUUUUAAUCUUCACCAUAAGUGCGAAAUCUAGAAGAGGAGGACUUAUAGCGAUCUAAUGAUCAUAAUUCCACAUUUUAAGUACAUAGCAAUGUCAAAGUGCUUAUACGCACUUUGUGAUACCUAAUACAUUUACAUCCACCACUAAAUCGUCAAAAUGUUUCCUCAGACAAUCGCAACGUCUUAACUGAAGGUCAGGAGGCCUUAAAACUUGUCUUUUUGGAGAUAACAUAUGCUUUCUCCAACUUAUUUUUAGCUUGUAAUGGGAGAGGGAGCCAUGGAUUAGUGGAAGAAAAUGGAAUGAGCCGUAAGCUUUCUAAUGGCUUAUACAGCCUGAUGCAGAAUCAUUGAUUCUUUCACUUAUUUCUUCAUUUAUUCCUGUACCUAUAUUGAAAACCAUGUAAGAAAUUUCCGGCAUUUGGGAGACUAAACAUAGCUUUUAGUUUCUUUACCACUUUGCCUCAUGUACUCUGCUUCAUAAAAAAUUUAUCAAGACGAAACACAACAGGGCAUUCAUCACAUCAAACUUAACGUGUUCAAAAAUACAGAUAGUCACGGCCCUGUCCCCCGUGAAUAUUUAUAAAAAUUUGGAGAAGGUACGAGAUGCGCUUAAAAGGGAAAACUAGGAGCUCUUGAAGAGAUUUCUAUAAAAUCUACACUUUUGGACUUUUUGAAAUUUUUGCGAUAUAUUUUCAAAUACUUGGGGUUAUAAAUACUAAGUUAUGACAACUCUCUGGCCUGUUUAUAAAGGAAUUUAAGUAAACAACCAGUUUUAGAGAGUACUUCCACUCAAUCAGUUAACCCAAGUCAUUUGUCUUAUACUGGACUAAUGUCAUGUACGCAGGUAAAAGAACUGUA